UGACCGGGCGGCCGGACCGCUCCCUUCCCUCCGGUGUCUCCCCCUUGGUCCCCCGCCGCGGUGAGGGGGGCGCGGGGGCCGCCGUUGUCGCUCGGGGAAGCGGCCGGGCAGGUUGGCGGCAACCACCGGCGGGUCGCGAUUGGCGCCGGUGUUGCUGUCCUGGGAAAGGAGAGCGGCGAUUGGAGGAGCCGCAAGGUGCUGGGAGCCAAUGGCGAGAUGGCUGCGCGGAGCACCGGCGCCCCCCCCCUCACUCCCCAUCAUCCCCGCCCCCGUCGAACCGCGUCCGCCCCAAACAAUGAAUGGGAGCGGCGAGCGCUGAGCGCGGCCCCGGAGCGCGGAGGGCAUCGCUCCUCGGCCGGCCACCCGGCAAGGAUGCCGAGGGCAGGGAAGGCGGGCCGGUCCCUGGGACUGCCGCCUGUCUUCUCUUUCUGUUUGUUCUUGCACAGCUCCUCUGCUCAGAUCCGGUACAGCAUCCCGGAGGAGCUCACCCGGGGCGCCUUCGUGGGCAAUAUUGCGAAGGACCUGGGCACUGAUGUGGCGAAACUGGCGGCAGCUAAUCUGCAGGUACUGUCCGAUUCGGAUUCCCAGUACUUCUCGGUCAACGUGAACACUGGCGUCAUAAUGGUCAGUGAGCGGAUAGACCGGGAGCAGCUCUGUGGGCAGAACCCCCGCUGCUUCCUCCACCUGAAACUUGCCAUCGAGAACCCAGUGGAGUUUUAUCGCAUCGAGGUGGAGAUCUUGGAUAUCAAUGACAACCCCCCAGAGUUCCCCAGUGAGGAGGUUUCCUUGCGCAUCUACGAGCUGGCAUCCCUGGGUGCCCGCUUCCCCAUCCAGCCUGCCCAGGACCCUGAUGUGGGCACCAACACCUUGCAGACCUAUCACCUGAGUGCCAAUGAGAACUUCAACCUCAACGUGAAGGCGCGCACAGAUGGGGGCAAGUUUCCUGAGCUGGUGCUGGAGAGGGCCCUGGACCGGGAACUCAGAGCUUUCCACCACCUGGUGCUGACCGCUGAAGAUGGGGGGUCUCCCCCACAGUCCAGCAAGAUACGCAUCACUAUUCAGGUCCUGGAUGCCAAUGACAACCACCCGGUCUUUGAUAGACCAUCGUAUGGAGCCCGCUUGGUGGAGAACUCACCGCUGGGCACCCUCGUGGUGAAGUUAAAUGCCACUGAUGUGGAUGAAGGACCCAAUGGAGAUAUCCGCUACUCCCUCAGCAGCCACAACUCAGCUGCCUUGCGCCAGAUAUUUGCCAUUGAUGAGGAAACUGGGGAGAUUCGUGUCCAGGGUAACCUGGACUUCGAGGAGGCAACGGUAUACGAGAUUGAAGUGGAAGCCAAGGACAUGGGAUCGCCCACCAUGGAGGAGCACUGCAGCGUGGUGGUGGAAAUCACUGAUGUAAAUGACAACGCCCCUGAGGUCAUUCUUACGUCCUUCUCCAGCUCCCUGAGCGAGGAUGCUCUCCCGGGCACAGUGGUGGCUGUGAUACACGUCAGAGACAGGGACUCCGGUGAGCAAGGCAAGGUCCAGUGUUACGUCUCUCCAGAUCUUCCCUUCCAGCUGCGUAAGGACUACGAGCACCAGUACUCGCUGCUAACCAGCACCCGUUUGGACCGGGAGCAUGUUGCCUACUACAAUGUCACCAUCUCUGCUUCGGACCUGGGCAGUCCCCCGCUCUCCCGCUACACCAUCUUGCCCAUCACUCUGGCAGAUGUCAAUGACAACGCGCCACAAUUUGAGCAAGCGUCCUAUGAAGUGCUGGUGGCAGAAAACAACCCAGUGGGCAGUGUGCUGGUUACAGUCUCUGCUGCCGACCCUGACUCGGAGCAGAAUUCCCGCCUCUCCUAUUCCAUCCUGCGAGCUGGUGGGACAGAUCCAGGCCUGGAUCCAACUCGCUACCUCUCCAUCCAUCCCACAAGUGGGCAGGUCUCUGCCAAACUCCCCUUUGACUAUGAGCAAACCACUUAUCUCCAGUUCCACGUGGAGGUCUCUGAUGGUGGCUCCCCGGCCCUGAGGAACAGGACGCUGGUUCACGUUUUUAUAGUGGACCAGAAUGACAAUGCCCCACGGGUGCAUUUCCCCAGGGCCGGGGAUGACUCUGCUACCCAGUUGCGAAUCUCCCCCCUCACCGCCCCUCCUGCGCUCAUCACCAAGGUGGUAGCAAUAGAUGCGGACUCGGGGCGCAAUGCCUGGCUCUCCUAUCACCUCGUGGAAGCCACAGACCCAGGGCUUUUCAGCGUAGCCUUGCGUUCUGGGGAGAUCCGGAUCAUGCGGACCCUGCAGGAGACAGAUGCCUCCGCACAUGAACUGCUGGUGGUGGUCCGGGAUGCUGGGGAGCCCCCACUCUCCACAGCAGUCACACUGGUGGUGCUGGUGGAGGAGAAGGGCCCAGAGGCCUUGCAGGGCUCUGAGGCUCGGGCCACCGAUGGUGGGGGCUUGCCCUCGAUUACACUUUAUCUGAUUGUGUCCCUAGUGCUCAUCUCCACUGUUUCACUGGUGGGACUGGCAGCACUGGGUGUGCGGUGCCUCCGACGGGGCUCUGCGCCUGCCAACCAGGGCUGCUGCGUGGAGAGCGUGAACACGCUUCAGCCCCCUCCCAGCCACAUUUUUGGGCACUUGCACUAUGAGCCUAAGCAAGGGGACACGGUGAUGGGCGUCCAGGUGACGGCCACGGCACCCCCAGCCCCGCGUUACCGCUCCUGCUUUUCGCCGGUCUCGGACAUCAGCGAAUUCAUGUUUGUGAAACCCUCCGCGGGUCCCGCCGGUGCCAACCCGCCGGAUCCCACCCUGUGCAGAGAGCAAGCUCAGCCUAACACAGACUGGCGCUUCUCUCAGACCCAGAGACCUGGAACGAGUGGCUCCCAGAAUGGAGAGGAAGGUGGAGCCUGGCCGAACAACCAGUUUGACACAGAGAUGCUCCAAGCCAUGAUCCUGGCUUCAGCAAACGCUGCUGAUGGCAACUCGACCUUGGGAGGUGGGACGGGCACCAUGGGGCUGAGCGCCCGCUACGGCCCCCAGUUCACCCUGCAGCACGUCCCUGAUUACCGGCAGAACGUCUACAUCCCAGGUAGCACCGCCACCCUCACCAACGCGGCUGGCAAGCGUGACGCCAAGGGUGCCAGCUCCUCGGGAGGCAACAAGAAGAAAUCCGGGAAGAAGGAGAAGAAGUAAAGAAAGAAGAAGAAGGAGACCUUAGAGCUACAGGGCAGCCGGCUCCAGCACUCCCACAAACCACAGCCCAGGCCGGAGGACGAAUGUCAAUUCUUUUUUUUUUUUUUUUUUUGUGAUGCAAAAAGUAGGAAACACUGCGAAUGUAUCUCCUCAUCAUCAGAGCUAGGAGCAGCGUCUCGCUGCUGUUAGGUCUCAUGAUGGAAACCAAUCCGGAAGCUAAACAGAACGCAAAGAAGUGCCCUGUGAAUACUUGCUAAUAUUUUAUACAAUCCCUUGGGUGUUAGAAUAUGCAAGGGCGGAAGGUCUUCUGCCACGUCUUUGGAUCCAAUUUGCUCCCAGGUAGCCUGAGAAAGGCACGAGGCUUCUGCUUCACUUUUCCCAGUGUAAAUAAUUUUAACGUGGAUCUUUUAAUUUAUAGACCUUCGAUCAUUUUAUUUUGGAGAGGAUAAGGCAGUUCCUAGCUUAAAGCCCAUGCUCCAGUUCUUUGUUCUUAAAACUUUCCAUUAGUAAAAUUCACCCUGAGUUAAUGAUAGUGAUGGAUUUGUUGCUGAGAAGUUGGUAGGGAGUGCUUCAGUUUCUGCUUACCUGUUACCCGCAAAAAAAAAAAAAGUAAGUGUUUAUAUUGCAUGAGUCAAAGGGAAUAUGGCAAAGCUGCAUCCUAAACAUUUUUCUUUUUUAAAGUGCAACCACCAAUGGCCUGAAAUAUGAGACAAAAACAAAACAACACCCUCCUGAUAUCAGAGAGGUAGGGAAUUCAAUGAGGAGCGUGCCCAGGUGUGAGGCAGCUGCCCCAGCGGUUCUAGGGGUCUCCGAAGAGCAGACACAUCUCAUUCCUUCUUUGCAGUAAAUAUUUAUAUGUACAGUCAAUGUUCUUCUGGAAUUAAAGCUAAGAGAGUCUUGCUCCCCCUGCGGCCAGGCUCCUUUCAGGCAGCCAUCUGGCCGGGUCCCUGCCGAGGGGACUUGGGGGGGGACGAUGCUUCACGUUUCUGCACACCGUGUCUGCAUGCACAUCCUUCACCCCACACCUGCACGAGCACAGUUAGCUCCACUGACCCACACAGUCCUCGCAUGCCCACGCAGCCUGGCGUGAACGUGCCGGCAGCUGCCUGAGCCUCCACGCUGGGGAUGGGGGUGGUGGGUGGGUGGUGGGAUUGGUCAAACGGGGUGGGGGAAACUCAUCCUUUCUUAUUUGGGGUGUAGACCCCAAAUAAAGGGGUUGUUUGGGGUCUCGCCCAAAGGGCUGAGAUCAGCAGAGCUGCCGGCGCAUGGCUUCGGUGCAGAGUUGGCAAUCGAGUAAGUGACAGUUGGUUUGGGUGGUGCUUGGGGACCAGAUCUGGAGGAGAGAUGGACCCCAGAGCUGGGGGUGAGCGCAGGGUGAUGCUACAAAGCCAGAGAGCUGGGGCCACAAGGGUCAGGGGUCACAUGGGACCAUACUGGGCCACCCCACAGCAGGUGACACUCCUGCUGGCUUUGGGGUUUCCACCCCAUGGAGGGAAUAAAAGGAUAAGGAAUAGACUUUCUCCAUGUGCCCAUCACCGUUGCACUGGGCCAGCUUCCCCUAUCAAAGCAGCUCUGAGCUCCCCCAGGAAGGCAGAGAGGGUCUUUGUGUAGCCGGAGGGAGGAGAGGGGCUGCAGGGUGGCCAGGAAGAGGUCACACCAGGUUUCCCGGAGUGUGUGUGUGUUGUUUUUCCCCUUUUUAAUCACUAGCACAUAACUCACCUGAGCAGAUCCAGCCCUCUCGGCCAGGUUCCUGCCUGGCAGCUGUCACCCCACCACCAUCCCCUCCCCAAAACCCAGGGCAGCAGGAGCAUCCGCCGUGUUUCAUCCGGAUCCAGUCACCUCCAGGCGCUGGCUGUGCUGGGAGCGGUUCCCACCCUGUCCCCUGCAGCUGCCACCUGCCCCCUCACCCCCACCUCUAGAAAUGCUGUAGCUGAAUCGUAGUCUUUAUAUUUCUUUUUAAUCUGCAAUCUGAGGUAGCAUAGUGAGUGUCGUGUAUUUAGUGGCGUGUUAUUUUUAAUCUCGGUAACUAACUUGUGAACACCAGUAUUUUCAAUUUUUCUCUGUAUCUUCUUUCCAUGUGGUCUGUGCUCCGAGUGUACGUGAAAUGAAACACGUUUGCCCUUUCAAUGUGUCUAAUAUUGAAUUAUACUUAUAUAUUAUAUAUAUGCUUAUAUCCUUCUUAUACCCAUAUAGACCAAUGUCGAUGUGUUACACGCAAGUUUUAUACUCUAAUAUUUAUAUUGCUUUUUUUCUUUGGGAAAAAAAAAAUAAUAAAAUGGUUUCUUCUGAACAA